AGUGAUUAAGUUACUGAUUGUGAUAAGUGAUUAAUUGUGAUCUCUUACUGGAAUAAAAAUAUAAAAAAAAUGAUUUUUAAAAAUCACUGUCGCUAAUUAAAUUAAUAGACUCUGGUACCCUUUUUUGCAAAAAAAAAAAAAUAAUAAUAAUUAUAAUAAUAAAAACGGAAAUGGCUGACGGGCGUGCUUCUGUGCACGGUAAUUAUGUUAAGUGGGCAGUUAGCAAUUAAGUAAGAAAUCGAGCAAGCGCAGCUUCUUAAUUGCUGCGCGGCCAAACGAAUCAUUCUUAUUAUUAUUCUUAUUAACGAGUCGUGAUCUUAACAUUAUUUUUUUUAAUAAUAAUUGCCCCCAAUCAAUGAUAAUUUAACUAUCUUAGUUGGAAUACAUGUAAUAAUUAAUAAACAUUUAAUAAUUGAAUCUUUGAGUCUUUUUGUGUUGAUAAAAAAGUUGGUUAAAAAAUUGGACUUUAGCGGAAGACUCUCGGAAAAAUUUUGACCUCUGGUAGCGACGUGGUGGCGACAAAAAGGCAGAGAGCGAAAAGCCCUGAGCCGGGGUCGCGACUCGCGAUGACAGUUCACCACCAGAGUCACCACGUAGCUGCGUUGAAUGGGAUCACGGUGCAGGCCGGGGCCGGAGGGUUGAAUCUCACCCGGAUGCCGGGUCUCGAGGCACACAGGUUGGAAAGUGACAGGCUGAGCUUGGACUCAAGGGCGGAUAUUAUCAAUAAUAAUAAUAGUCAUAAUCAUAAUCAUAGUCAUAACCUUAGUUUGAGUCUGAGUGGAAAUCACGGGGACCGCGCGGAUAAUGCCUCUACGACGAUGCCACACAGGUCGAGGUUCAUGAUCACUGAUAUCCUGGCCGACGCCUCCAGUCCCGCGUCCUUGCAAUGCCAGGAGCCACCCUUGAGUCCGCCGGCUGCUCCAAGGGACCUCAGUGUUCGCCCGGGGAAGAAUUCUGGGGGGCUCAAGAGGAAAAGGGACGAGGACAGUGAUGCCAGUCACCACGAUGCCACUUCUAUGUCUUCCAAUGGUGUUAAAGAGGAACACGAUCAAAAAGAGUCUUCCUCAAGUUCCCAAAAUUCACCGCCAAGUAAAAAGCAGCGCAAAGCGCGGACGGCGUUCACAGACAACCAGCUCCAAACACUCGAGAAGAGUUUUGAGCGACAAAAGUACCUGAGCGUUCAGGAUCGGAUGGAGUUAGCGGCCAAGUUACAAUUAACGGAUACGCAGGUCAAAACGUGGUACCAAAAUAGAAGAACAAAAUGGAAAAGACAAACGAUAGUAAGCUUCGAAAUCCUUGCCGAGGCGAGUAAUUACGUUUCCUUCGGAAAUGUGUACGCCGGUCGGGCUGGUAUGCCGACGCAGCCUUCCUACUGGUACCCUGGAGCACCAGUAGGAGUACCUCCACCAAAUGAGCUCUUCUACAGACAAGCAUCGGCCGCAGCCGCAGUAACGCUGCAGAAACCGAUGCCUCACCGAUUUUACCCGCCGAUGCAGAUGCUUGCCGGUCCUAGUGCAAAUGUUCCCCUCGGAAACCUCGCGGCCAGCUCGAGUCUCUCCAGCCUUAGCAGCUACUAUAACCGCGAAAGUCCGGAGAUAAUGCCGGACCGAGAACGGGAACGGGAACAUCUCGAACGUGUAGCGCUCAGGGCGAGGAGCAAAAGCCUGGAAAGGAGUCCUCCGCCUCGGGAUGACAGUCCGCAGAGUAAUCGCAAUGACAGCGACGAUGAAAGCAUCAACGACAUCUAGGACUCGGCUGAUGGGUUCCAUGUUGACCCCGACAGUCCCUGGAAUAGCCAAUUCAGUGAUUGAAAUUGAAUUGAAGAUGAUUUUAGGUUGAUUUUGGUAUUCAAUUUUUGAAUUUAUUUGUUUUUAAUAAAUUUGUUGUACAGACGAAAGUUGUUUUUAGUGAAUCAAAGUCGAGUGCCGGUGCCGGUUUUAAUGACAACCGGACGGAGGAAACGACAAAUAGUAACGUGAUACGGGGCCAGGGCUUGACAUUUUUAGACAUUCGAGAUUUGCGAGAAAAUAUAAUGUUAUAUAAAUAUAUAAGACAGGAUGUGACGUGCGGUUAACCGAUAUUAUAUUUAUAUAUAAGGCCUAAGAACAGAAGAAUAAUAAACUGAUGCUGAUUAAUCGAUCCAAUGUUUGUGGUGAUUUUUAAUUAAAAUUUUAAAUGUGUGUUAGGAUUUAUUUCUGGAUUUAACUUGAAGGGAUUUUUGAAAUUAUUAUUUUUACUAUCAUUGUUAAUACACUGUAAAAAGUCGGAGGUGAAGAAAUAAACACUGCUUAUGGAGUAAAUUUGCACAGUAAAAAAUUUUGCGUCAAAAAAUUUUGUCUUAAAAAUUU